AAGCUGAGUAGAGGACAGGAGAGGCGGUAGUAGUUUUUGGAAGACGCUCUGGCCAACACCACUAAACGGGAAGAGGGGGGCGGCGCUUAUAGGCGUUUUCCGCUCUAGGAAACAGCACUCUCUGGCUGAGCGUCUGGGAGACCGGGAGGGCGGGAGACGUUUUGGCGGGAAGGAUAUGCAACUGCUCUUCUCGGCCUCGGAAGCCCUGAGGGAGCGGAGCCUCGCCAACUCUCCCCGCUGAAACCGGGGGAGGGGCGGGGGGAGUGGGUGUCGGAGGGUCGGCCGUGACCGAAGGCGGCCUUGGAGGGAGUUUCCCCUGUCGGGGCUGCGCUGAAGCCGGAGACGGAAUGGAGGCUCGGGGGUUUCCCCUUCAGGCGGGGAGCGGCCUCCCCGAGGGCCCCCGCAGCCCCGAGGCUGAGCGCUGGCGCUUCCGCAGCUGCGUCUCCCGGGAGGCGGAGGGGCCCCGGGCGCUUUGCAGCCGCCUGUACGGGCUGUGCCGGGGGUGGCUGCGGCCCGAGCGGAGCAGCAAAGCCGAGAUGCUGGACCUGGUGGUGCUGGAGCAGCUGCUGGCCCUGCUGCCCCCGGAGCUGGCGGGCUGGCUGAGGGAGUGCGGGGCGGAGAGCUGCGCCCAGGCGGUGGCCCUGGCCGAAGGCUGCCUCCUCGGCCCCGCAGCCGCCCCGGAAAAGCUGGCCAAGGGCCGGCAGGUGCAGGAGCCAUUCAUUGAGGAGAUCUCAGCAGAGCUCCAGGGAAGAGGAGAUCCAUCCAAUGAUUCUAAAGACCACCUUUUCAGGAGGAUCCAACUGGGGCCACCUUGCCAGGACUCUGAUCCCUUUGAGGAGGUGGCUAUUGACUUCACAGAGGAGGAGUGGGCACUGCUGGAUUCUAGCCAGAAGGCCUUGUGCAGAGAAGUCAUGCUGGAGGUUACUAGGAAUAUGGCUGCUCUGGGUGAUGGUGAUGGGCUGGAGAAUGAGAAGCAGCUGAGGUUAUUUAAACUACAAAGGGCAGUGUCUUCAAAGAGCCAAAGCGACUUCUGUACAAGAUACAAUCUGACUCACCAUCAGAGGAUCCACUCAAGCGAAAAAACAAAUAGUUGUUUGGAGUUUGGAAAAAGAUUCACUGAGAAUAGUGAUAUUACUUGCCGUCAAAGGAUUGACACAGAGGACAGACCAUAUAAAUGCCUAGAGUGUGGAAAGAGCUUUAUUGACAAAUGGCGCCUUACUUUCCACCUAAGGAUGCACAUGGCGGAAAGACCGUAUAAAUGCAUGGAGUGUGGAAAAAGCUUUUGUCAGAACUCAGAACUUAUUCGUCAUAAGAGAAUCCACACUGGGGAGAGACCUUAUAAAUGUAUACAAUGUGGAAAAGCAUUUACUUAUAAAAGUAGUCUUAUUCGUCAUGAAAAAAUCCAUUCAGGGGAGAAACCAUUUCAAUGUACAGAAUGUGGAAAGAGUUUUGCUCAGAAAAGACACCUUAAAUGUCAUGACAGAAUCCACACUGGGGAGAGGCCAUAUAAAUGCAUGGAGUGUGGAAAACAAUUUACUCGGAAAAAUUAUCUUAUUAAUCAUGAAAGAGUCCAUACGGGGGAGAGAACGUAUACCGUAUUUUUCGGAGUAUAAGACGUACCUUUUUACCCCCCAAAAAGGGGUGAAAAUUUAGGUGCGUCUUAUACACCAAAGGUAGCCCUGCCCACCCACUGGCCCCCACCCUUUAGCCUGUGCCUUGCAGCAGUUACCUCCUUGCAACCAAACAGCAAGAAAAAACAGCUCCUUUCAGCUUCAGCAUAGGUUAAUUAGCACAAGUUGAUCAGAUCGGCCUCCCGACUCAGCUGAUUUGCUCUCAGCUGUUUUGCGCAGGGCUCUGCUGCUUGCUGCAAAGAGUGCUGGAGCAGAUUUUUUUUCUCUAGCUAUACUGAAAAACGAAACUGAAAGUAAAGCAGGCUCUUUGCUGCAACGUGGCAAAAUGAAGUAGAGAGAGAUUUUUCUUUUUCCUCACCAAAAGUAGGUGCAAACAAUGGGAAAUUUAGGACAAAAGAGGAGAGUUCAAGAUUUUAAAACACAAAAGAAAGAAAAACUAUUUAACUAGGGAAUUGUAAUAAUUGAGAUACUAUUAAUUGUAUAUUGUGUUGAAAGCAGAAAUGGUUAAGUUGUCGUUUGGAGGAAUAUAUGGGGAAAAUUAUUUGGUUUAUUGGUAAAUAUAAUUAAUUGAUUUGUAAGAAAUUGGAUUGCAUGGAAAUAAUUGGAAUAUUGAUGUUCAUAUUGAUUAAUAUACAAAAAAGAUAGUUAUAUAACUAAUUGAUUUAUAUACAAAUGUUGAAUUUGUAUUAAACAACUGUAAUAUUACAUACUGUAAUUAACCAAUGUUAGGAUGGAUAUAAAAAUAGAUGACAAUGGAAAGGGGUAUAAUGUAGUGUAG